AUGAGCCUUAUGACAAUGCGAAAUGCACCGCUGGGCAGCUUGCCAUUGCGUCUAUUUAAGACUGUGUCGAUUUCAACCCAAUGCAUUCGGUCACUUCACAAGAACGCUCCCCCUCCCGUGCCUUCUCCGACCCCUUUCGUUCCCGACGUUCAGACGUUCCUCACGCUCAUCGGCCGCGAAAUGUCCAAGCAAGCGAGCAAGAUCCCCUCAUGGGAAGAACUCUUCACCUUAAACUCCAACCAACUCCGCCAAGCUGGCAUUGAGCCAGCGCGCCAGCGACGGUAUCUAAUCCGGAAACGCGAGAAAUUCAGGAAUGGACUGUACGGCCCUGGAGGCGAUCUUCACACCGUGGUCGAUGGUGUUGCGCAACUGCGGGUUGUUGAGGUGCCUCUUAAGGCCAAGGGCCUGAGACAGGAAGGCACCCAAUCAGGUGUUCAGACUUCUUCUGCCACACUGUCACCAGGCAUGGUGAAAGCCCUUGUCAACCUGGCGCCUGACGCUACUGAAUAUACCUAUGGCAAGAAAAAUCCGAUCAAGUACUUUGCGCACAUGAAAAUCCACCGGGGUUCUCAACCCAAGGGUCCCUUCCUCCAACCCUUGAAGGGUAGCAAUGGUACCGCCGCUCUUAUCUCGGUUCAGGAGGGCAUGUGGGAGGACAAGCGGGGCCACAAGGUUGAUGGCGGCGAGCGACGACGCCGGGAGGUUCAGAACAAGAAGCGGCUGGACGAGAGAAAGAAGGCAUAA